AUGUCUCAGAACACUGGUCAGUAUCCAUUAGCUACUUCUUCUUUAUCAUCGCCAAGUAAUAACAAUAAACGAACUUUAUCACAUCAACACUUUCUUUUAACCUCAUCAGACUUCAAUACACCUUCAUCGAUUUUGAACACCAGUGAAAAUGAUUCGCCGUCGUUACAAACUCGUACGUCACCUAUUGUCAAUGAUGUUUGUGCGAGUGGCUAUAAUGGGGUCCGAAACCCAUCGAUAACGACGAAAAUUAAGGAUGGUAGCUCUCCUAAUGGUAAUCAUUUUAACGAUAAAUAUGCAUUCAGUCUAGAAUUGACACCACCGGUGGCUAAAGCUAAAAAAGAUUAUAGUCGCAAAUCAAAAUCACAACUCUAUCCAUUUGAAAUGGCAGAAAAUAAUGAAGAAGACCUUCAUUCGCCGUUCGAACUAGAUGUUCCACUAUGUGAGAAUCAAUCAUUGAAAAAAAUUCAAAAUGAUUUUCUUAUUGAUCGAAUGCUAAAAGAUGAUAGUAAUUGUAAUUAUACUUUACUAAACCGAUCAUUAAAUCAACCAUCUUAUACAAAUAUUCUCAAUUAUACAUCACCUCUUCUAACGCCUUCAUCUGAUCAUCAUGAUAUCGAUGCUUUAAGUGAUGCAGGUACAUAUAUAAUUGAAGAUGAUAUCGAUAUUGCUCAUGAUGAUGAACCUGAGCAAGAUAUUGAACAACAAACUGAUAUACAAGAAAACAAUUCACCACCAUCAAUAUCAACAUCAUCGUCAUUUAAACGAUAUGCAGCAACAAAAAGAAACCGACAUGGAACAUUCGAUAUUCAAGGCGUAUUAUCAAAAACACCGCAAUCUGUUAAUCGUCCUAUAGUUGAUCUACACGUCCCGACGCAUGAUUUAUCAUCCUCAUCUUCGUCAGGAACAACUGAUUCAUCGUCUUCGUCGUCUCUUCUUUCAUUACCAACAGAAAACGAUACUAGUAUAUGUAAAGAACCUGAAGGUGCAUCGCAUCAUAUUAUUGAUGAUAAGUCUUCGACAGGUUUAGUUUAUGCAAGACAACGACCAAAUACUCUUUUACCACAACAACAACGCUCUGUAACCCCACCACAGAAUCCAAUAAAACCUGCCGAGUGCUUUGUUAUUUCACCAACAUUUGAAACAAAACCUUUUCCGAGUACAACAAGUAAUCCUCCCAGACGAAAAGUUGAAACUCAAUGGAAGCCAAAAUCAGUAACAUCGGUUGUGCCAACUAAAGAUAUACAUUUCGAAAUUCCAUCAAAAAAUUCUUCACCAUCACCUCCAGUUUCAGCACGUUCGAAUCAAAGUGAUACAGAAAAAUUUUCAUUUCGUCUUCAACAACAACCUACACGUCAGCAUGAUUCUAAACAACAAUCAUCAUCAUCGAACAUGAAAUCUUCACUUCAAAAUACUGAUUUUAUGCCAUCUUCAUCUAAAUCAUCACUUCGGCCACAUUCAAUAAUUAGUGAUCAAACAUCUUCAUCACCAUUUCAACGUAAUUCGUCGAUACGUCAAACAAUGCCAGCAAAUACACAAUAUCAUCGAGCAUUAUCAACAGCAGCAGCCGCAGCGGCAGCAGCAACAGCAGUAAUGACAACAGCACCUAAAUAUAUAGAUGAUAACGAUGAAAUUUUAUCGUCACAUCCAAGUUUAACAAAAGUUUAUAUGAAUAAAUCAUUCGCAUUACGUCGGCAACGUUCCAAUGUAACACCAUCAACAACGAAGCCCGUACAACAACAGGUAGUGUCAAAGGCAUUAACAACACGUCAAACAAUAAAACCAACCACAUCUGUUCCAUCAACAACUGUAACAUCAACAUCAUUAUCGAUAAAUAAUUCAAGUGGACAAACGAAUCGUGCUGUUGAAUUACGUCGUGCACGUGCACAAGCAAAAAUUGAAGAAUUAGCACAACGCACAAGACAUCAAUUACAAAAAACUGAACAACAUAAUGAUGUUAUGAGUGCAUCAUGGCACAGUAAUGCAAGUAGUUCAAGUAAAAAAGAAUUCUCUCAUUUACGAGCGAAUCCUCGAUCAGCUAAUAAUAAUAAUAAUAUUCCACAACAAAGACAAGAUUUAUUACAAACAAGAACCAUAUCAUCAUCAUCGUCAUCACAUCAUCGUUCAUCAUCAGCAAGUCCAAAUCCACUCGGAGAUGGAACAAAAAAAACAGCGAAAUAUCGAAAAGCAAUGGUAUCUAGUGUUACUACAGAAUCUCAAUAUCAGAAAAUGAAUGGAAGUACUUACAGUGAAGGAGAACGGUGUGAUUCGUUACGUGAUGAUGGUCAAAGGUUGGCAAUCAAAUUAAUACAACUUUCAUCAGGAAUAUUAGCAAAAUUGAAACCGAAUAGUGCUGUAGGUGAUAGUGAUUCGAACGUGCGGCAAUUAGAACAACUUGUUGAUCAAUUACAAACGGUUAAUCGAACAUUGACUAAUAUCGAUGCUUCAUUAACCGGUUUGCCCAGUGACGAAAAUCUUACUUAG